UUGAAGACACAUCCCUAUCUACGAAUACCAGACAUCGAUAUUGGUUCUUUGAAUGUUACCCAUCCGGGAACAGUAUACGUCGGUAAAACGGCGACCAGGCCUCAUCCAUCAUUUUUCUACGUCGAACUGGUAUGCAAUAUGUGGUUUUCGGGUGAAUUUCUCUUACGUAUGCUAUUCUGCCCUAAAGUUGGCCCAUUCCUCAAGACUCCUGUCAAUAUUAUUGAUUUCAUAGCAACUAUAUCUUUCUAUAUCGACUGGGCUCUUGACAGCGCACUGUCAGGAGCGAACAGAGAUUCUGUCGAGUUCUUCUCGAUAAUUCGAAUUCUUCGAUUAUUCAAACUCACUCAACACUCAGUUGGCCUGAAGAUACUUAUACAAACAUUCAAGGCAUCAGCACAGGAGCUCUUUCUUCUGGUGUUCUUUGUGCUACUUGGUAUAGUCAUAUUCGCCGCACUCGUCUACUACGCGGAGCGGGUCGAAGACAAUCCCGAAAACCAGUUCGACUCGAUACCAGUGGGGCUGUGGUGGGCCGUGAUUACUAUAUGUACUAUCGGAUUUGGUGAUUUGGAAACGACAGCUCUUCACGACGGCCAAGCUAUACCUAAAACUACAUCAAAGAUUACACACUCGUGUCACUAA